CCUGUUAUUAAUUUGUAAAUACAAUCUUAGUCUUAUCUGUUGAUUUGCUUUUUAUUUUGUUUUAAUCAUGGAGGUUAUUGAAGAUGGAAAUAUUAUGGACCGUAUCCCUAUUUUGUUACAAAGAGAUCUUGAAUAUUACCAGAAGAACCAGACAGUGUUGUCGGAGACAGUUUGCCGAGGGGUAGUGGGAGGGAGGCUGGACUUCCCUAGGAAUGCUUCUUUUGCAGCUGUCAAGAUUGUCAUGUGGCUGGAAGAAGAGUUCUCUAUUGCUUUUCAGCAAGGCUCUGGGAUGUUUGUAACUCAGAAAGAGGAGAAGCGAGAUGAUGAAGUAGCCAAGACAUCGGAUCCUGACAAGUUUGUGCAGUUGGCUAUAAAGUCGUCUGACUUGUUGCUUGAACACCUCCACAUGCUGGCGCAAGAGGCACUAGACCACGCGGAUCUGCCAGUGCUGACGGCUACUCUGGGGGCCGCGGCGCUCCUACGCAACAGCCUGCACUGUUACGUGCAGCAUCUCGAGGACAUGGGCAAUGCUGAGAGGCACUCGCUGUUGCAGGCAGCAUACAAGCGCUACGUCACAAUGGCGGAAGCAGUAGCGGAACGAGUUCUAGACCUCCACAACCGGGUGUUGUCUCUGUACAUACUGCAAGACUCGGGCGGGCGGCCCAUAGACAGCGCCGGGACUAGGGUUCCAGAGGCCGGCUCGCCCAGUGUGCAGGGAUGGUGGCUUUAUAUGCAAGGAAGUAGAAAAGAUCUGUGGGACACGGUCCCACCCAGAAUGGCUCAGAGAAUAUUCGCGGGCAUGCUCAAUGAAACGUUGACGAUACUCAACGUACGAUAUUGUCAGGCCAACACCACGGACACAACGACCCCGCUCCUAGUAAACGACAUCCUCAACAUCCUACUCUGUGUUGCACAACUCCUGCCCGCUGUGUGCAGUGUGGGGGCAGAUCUCUGUGGUCUGGAUGAGACUAGCCAGAGCCGAGAUGUCAGAGAUGUUCAUGCCAAGUGUACUGAGCUGUUUAAUUGUAUGGUUUAUAGAGGCGCUGAACUGCACUUUAUUCAUCAGGCCUUAAAGAAUUCCGAAGAGCAGCCCACCCCCCUCCGCCGGGACCGCCUCGCCCCGUGGUUCACAUUCGCCUCUCCACACCUAUUCGCUCACAUCGACGACGACUCUGUGACCUGUACUCAAGACCUGCCCACUAAUACCGCCGUGGGGUUGGAGCUGAUUGUGCUACUGGCACAGCCGCAGCCGUCUUGGACGCUGUUGGUUAAGAUUCUAAUGAUGCGCGACUGCCGCCUAGCCCGCCACCUCCUCGUGACCUCCAUACGCUCGGCGGGCGCGGGGGCGCGCUGGGCGGCCUCGGGGCGCUGGUGCCGCGGGGGCGGGUGCGCCGGCACCAUGUGCACGCGCGACGGACACUGCCUGCAGCAGGGGGCGCUGAGAGCUGAAGAGGAGUACGCGAGGGCCAGUGGAGCGCUGACCUACAUCCUGGCGUCCAUCGGCAGCAAGGCCGAGCUCAAGUCCACUCUGGUCUACGCUCUGGAAGUGUCGGGAAAGGAUUGGGCCGCUUGCUUGGACAAACGACAGGUGUGGUGCGACCGGCGGCCGGCGUGGCUGGCGGGUAUACUGGGACUCGCCGGGUCCGCUCUCAAGUUCAUCCCGCCCAUACUGGUCCACGCCUUGCAGUCUGGGGCCUCCAUGUAUCAGACCAUGUCCCUCUGCCUGACCUGCAUAUCCCGCACCCUUGACUGCAUCCCCCGCCCGCUCCACGCGGCGGCGGCGGCGCUGCAGACGGCGCUGCCGGCGCGCGCGCGGCCCGCGGGCGGCUCGGUGCUGGUGCAGCUGCUGCUCACCGCGCUGUACGAGGAGACGCAGCUGUGGGCCGCCCAGCAGCACGAACACACACCAUCAUCAGAGGCCAACGGUGAAGCCCACAUGACCGUCAGAGCUGGCAAACCCAAGCACGUGAGGAUCAUGGGCCUCGGACAGACUACGACCAGCUCACUAAGCUUCGACUCCACCCUAAGCUCCCCCUCAUCAGUCGCUCUGGCGGUGGGCGAGGCGCUGUGUCGCAUCGACGAGGAACACAAGCACACGCAGGAGAUAGAGCAACUCGUGCUGCAAAGUGAGAAGCGGUUCGUGCUGAGCGGACAGUUCGGGCUGGACGAGUUUCCCGAGUUCGCUACGUUUUUUGAGGAGGGCACGGUCCCGGGUUCGAAUGCAGAGCGGUCCAGCGACGCGGCGGCGCUCACCAGCCAGGUGCUCAUGACGCAGGCCGGCCGCGACAGCCUCCGGGUGGUGUAUGAACAUCUUCAGACUCACGUGGAGCGCAUACACAAGGAGCUCAACAUACAGCAGGUGGAAGCCACAGAGAGCGAGGUGCCGCUGCACACCGCUCCGCUCAUCUACAUCAUGUUCCACAUCGGACGACGACCCUUUGAUCAGUACCUCCGCUCCGAGUGGCCCAUGUCCUGGUCUAAACUAGUCCGGGUAGCCCUAGCCCACUCGGGCCGCCGCCGCGCGCGUCUUCACGCAACACGCCGCGCCGCCCUACGCAACGCGGCUUCUAAUAAGAACACUACUACUGACAGUCUGGUGGCAGAACUGAUGAAUAUGUUCAAGGAGAGCGAGACUAAGGAUGUGUUGGUUAGGAAGAGCUUCUGAAAUGUGUAUACUUACUUA